AUACCCGCCUUGAACAAUGCCGCUCAAGAUAGUCUCGCUUAUUACUCCUAGCACUCCUCUAACAAACAAAGAAUCUUCAGGCUAGACGCACACCUACCGAAGGCUAAACGUUACUCUGUAUGCCCUCAUAGUGAAUGUGUUAUGGAUUAUUACCAAAUUUCACCAAACAUAAGUUCUUCAGCCUUCUCUAGUCCGACAGGUUCUUUCAUAUCAGAAGAAGACAGAAUUGAUUCUGAUAUAGAAGCAGAUAUACUACAAGCAAACAUCGAUGAGAAUACAACCGUCAGAACAUGCUCUCCUGCCUCUCUGCAGUCGUCGAAGCAUUUGGGCACAUCACAAGUGUUUAUUCGUAAGGCUAUGUUGUCUUCUGUGUCCUGUCAGCUUAAGAAUGCUUCAGUUAAAAGCCAUGUGGGCGACCCCUCCUGUGUGUCUUUUCGCAAGUAUUUAGCGAUUGGGACAAACAAAGGUGUCAUAUUUAUUUUCAAUUUACAUCAAGUUUUGAGACUUUGUUUUGGCAACAUAAGUCCACCAAAUACUCCUGAAGCAAAAGCUGGAGAAGCUCAAGGUCCAAUAACUGUCUUAAGCCAGAAUCCGAAUGGAACCUUAUUAAUGACUGCGUAUAGUAGUGGUAGAAUAGCUGUUUGGCAAAUUCCUGCUUCAGUCUUAUCUGAGAAAUCUGGACAAGAUACAAUAAUGGGUCGCCAGUAUGCUCCUGAUGACGAGUCAGAUAUACCGGAAACAUCACAGAGAAACGAUGGUGGUCUUAACUCUAUUCAGUUAAAUUACAACUAUGCACCACAAGAGACCUCAGUGACUCCCAAGAAGAGGGGUUCACUCUCUUUUUCUAAUAACAGUGGUUAUGGACGUCUUCUCUGUAUAGUCGACGAUGCUCAUGGAGUUGGUCAUUCAAUCGGUCUUUGUUGUUUUACUACUGUUUCCUCGUUAGCUGCGUGUGUUGACACCGGAGGAUCAGUGUUUCAGCUUAAGUUUACACAAGGCUUAGUUGGUAUGAAGGGCGAAUCCAUGUGUUUCUUUUCUGGAAGUCAUGGAGAAAUAUGUGCAAUGGAAGCCCUUGGAUUAAAUGCGUCGAAAACUAAUGGACAUUUUGAUUCAAAACAGUUAGAUGAUCAACUUAAAGAAGCUAAACAGUCGAUCCUAAAUUCUUCUGCUCUUGUGGCUCUGGCUUCGUUUACCAAACUGAUCAUUGUGCAGUUGCGUCCUCGUGUUCAAGUAUCCCACUGGCAGGUUUUGAAAGGACCACCUGCAUUCCUUCCCUUUUUAAACUGGUACUGGAAUGCUGAUUCUCCUGAUAAUGCAUUUAUUGCUUUUGGACGAGGUUCAGUUGUUUACAUUAUGCAGGUUUCUAAGAUUUCCCAAUCAGACAACACUUCUGUUACUUCUUUACGACUAACUGAUUCUCCUUUUCCCGAUAGUUCCACCCUCUUACGUGCGAAUACUUCAAAGAAUAGUGGAAAUCAGCUUGGUUUUAGAUUGUUAUAUUCUUUUAGUUUCGAACAGAACUUUCUCAACCUGAAGUGGAUCUCUUUUAAUCAACUUGUCGUUGUAAAUGAAUGUGAACAACUUCAUUUGUUGAAUAGUAUAACUGGGGAAAUGCUAGAAACCAUUGAUAUUUCAAAUAUUCAUGUCCGUCUUAAUUCGGAUUUGUUUAAGUAUCCGAAAAUUAGUGAAGCUCUUUCUGUUGCUGGGGAACGAGCUUGUAUGCAUUCGAUUACUGCUUAUGGAUCUCAGUUAUUGAUCCUCGGUGAAACUGGGCUGUACCUGAUAGCAUUACGUACAUGGAACGAGAGUGUCAUUUUUCUUCUACGCCGUAAACAACUUCAAUUGGGUCUUAAUUAUAUGGAAGCUGCAUUAAAAUCAAUAACAUCUGUCAACCAAACUAAUGUUUCUUAUUUUUUCAAUGAAACAGUAGAUAAUAAUUACAGUGAGUCUUUAUUGUAUAAUCAAAUCCUGACUAUUCUUCAUGACGAGGUGCUUCAUGUAUUAUCGUCUCAGAGUGAUGAAAAUGAUAAUUGGAUAUCGGCGUCUUCAGUGAUUGAAUCAAUUUUUAGGAUAGCUUGCAUGAUUAAGAAGCCUGACUUCAUUUGGUUAGAGUUGUAUCCAGCUGUUCGAAAUCUUCCCCAGUUAGCAUCUGCUUUAUUUAGUGCUACAUUUUCUAUCUUGAAGUCAUUGCCUCCAUUUGAACAAUUACGUACAAACUGUUCUCAAUCUGCACAUGAAAUUAAUUCCAAACAGGAUUUCAUUCAACUCCCUCCUGAUAUGACCAAAGAAUUGAUUGAUUGGUGCUUACAUCAAGAUGAUGCGUUAGAGGCAAACACAGAUUAUAUGAACUCGACGUGCAGUUAUAAUUUAAUUGAUAAAAAAGUUAAAACAGAAAUCUGUCUUCUUCGUUUACACCCAUCAUGCUUGGAUUUGAACUAUGCUGUUAAGUUGUGCUGGACCAACAGUCUGUUCGACGCCUACUUACAUUUGUACACAGAUAUUUUAAUGGAUUUCGAAACGCCUUUCAACGAUCUCAUACAAUACCUGACCAGUAGUUUGAACGAUUCCAAUGAAGAAACAGAGAAAUAUGAUCGUAACAGAGUAGAAAAAUGUGGACAUUGUUUACUGGUCUUACUUCGUUCAGCAUUUGCAGGUGAAUCAUUCUGUCAUCAACGUUUACCCUCACCACUGCAUCAAGAUAUUCCCUUAAAGGUUUUUAACCUUAUGCUCAGUGAAUCUUUCCUAAACGUAAAAUUUCCACUCAAGUUUUUAAAAUAUGUUAAAUAUCCUGUCUUACACCUGCUCCUGAAAUACAACACAAUAGACUUUCUCAAUUUACUCACUUUAUCAGCUUCGGAUGAAUUUUUCGCCAAAGGACAUUUGGGCCAAUCAAGAUGUCAACGGCUUUACUACUGUCUUAUUCUAACAUCACUUUCACCAUCAUCGUCAUCACCUAUAUCCAAUAAAGAUUCUCAAUCCGACUCUCUGUAUCAAACAAAAGAAUUGGAAAACUCUAAUUGCCAACUUUUGGCGUAUGAUGUAUCCGUUCCUUGUCGUGUAUUUAUCUUCAUUAUAAGUCAGAUUAGCAUGGUUCAUAGUAAAGAAGUCGAAAUUGAUCAUAAUCUUAUUUAUCAGCUAUUUAAAUGUGUUUGCGAUUCAAAUGAUCAAUUGUGUAGAAGUCUUCUGUCAGAAUUCGAAUUAGCUGUGAUUGAAUCAAUCGAAUCAGGCCUAUUAAAACAUUUGGAACAAUGUGCUACCUUGAGCUCUGAAAAAGGAUUAUACAAAGUUUGUGAAUACAUUCAUCAAACAUGUGGCAAUGAACUUCUUGUUUUAAAGUAUCAAAUACUAUUAUUAAAACGAAUUAUACUCGCUAAAGUUAAUAAUAACUCCACGUAUGCAUCAAUUCAUUCAGAUCAUAAUGCAGUGAAAUUAGCUAGUUGCAUUUUUCAAUGUUUGGAGCAUAAUAUUGAUCGUAUUAACAAAGAAUUUCUAGUUGAUGACGAAAAUUAUGACAAUUUAAAAUUGAUUUGUUUCGAACAGGCCGAGGUACUUGCUGACUGGGACGAAGAACGUACAUUAAAAGUCUUAUAUGGCCUAACAAAUGCAUCAAUAUCAGAAAUGCUUGAGUUAGUCAAUUCAUACGUCAAGGAAAAAACAUCUAAUCAACGUACAGCUUAUUUAAUUUUACGGGCGUAUUUCAAGUGCCGAAAGGUUAUUUAUAAUCAUCAUCAAACGACUAAUUCUGAAGAAUGUACGCCUGAUGAUUCAGAUGAUGAAACAACUUCAACCACCAAAAACUGGAAAGAAUUCCUUCAGAACUAUGAUGCAAAAAUAACUGAAUUAUUUAUUUAUUUGCUAGUUAAUUUUGAGCUUCCAUCUUCUGGUGAAUUGUUAACUUUCUUAGAAUCAUACAACGACUAUGCUAUCGAACACGUACUGAAGGUUUUAUCGGUGGGAAAGUACCCAAGAGAGGUUGCUUAUCUAUAUGAAAAGUCUGGAGAUUUAUUCAAAGCUACAGAGUUGUAUGAACAGAUAUUUUCUGAAACGUGGCAAAAACUAAUAAAAGAGGAGUGUGAGCUUCGAAAAACCUCUGCAGAUUUUAUCUCUGUCAGCCUUCAUAACUCGGGUGACCGAUCGGCAACUGUCAUCAACUCUGUGUUACAAAAACUGUAUGAUAAUGUUCAUCAAGCAAAUCAACGUCUUGUAAAUUUCUGCCAACGAAGGUGUGCACAGACUAAUGAUCAGUCAGAAAUCGAAGGUAUAUGGUUUAGUGUGAUUGAUUUACUAAUGAAAUGUGAAUUCGUACAAAAUCAUCCCGUGUUAAACGCCCAAUUGAGUAAUAUAUUCUAUAAUUCUUUCUCAUUAGUCAUGACUUAUUUACCGCCAACUGUAAUCGUUUCACAUAUCUUGGACAUUAAUGGAACAGAAAUUACAGUAAACUCCAAAAUUAAUUUAUUGGUGAAGAAGUUUAUAUCAGCUUGUCAAUUCGAGGCAAAUCAGAUGGUACUUAACAAACAAUUAGCAGGAAAAGAGUUAACUGUCAAACAACUCCGAACAUUUAAAGAGUACAAUUGUGGUUUUAGUAACCGAAGCCUUAUUUGCUCUAUAUGUGGAUUAGACCUUCGAAUAAACAAUUUACUGACUAGACGAGAUUGGGAAGCAAAACGUAUGAUGAGUAAUGAUGACAAAGCUUUGAGUGCUAAACGUGUAAUAGUAUUUCAUUGCCAUCAUGCUUUUCAUGAAAGAUGUUUGAGGGGAUUCCAGUGUAAAACUGAUACACCUGCAUCUGUGGUUCAUUUUUGGUCAUGUUCAAUAUGCCGACCCGUUAAGACUAAUUGUUUUCAUGAUGAUAUGGUCAUAUUACACUCGGAUGAAAUCAAAGUAGAUAAUCCUACCCAGUCGUCCACAAAAAAUGAUAACAUUUUGUUUUAGGUAACUAUAUUAUAUUAGCUUUAUACUUUUUCUAAUUCUAAUGUAUUAGAAAUCGUAUCUCACAGACAAUGAGCUAUCUGGCAUUGAUCCACUCAAACCUUGUCACUGUUUGGUAUUAACUUCAGAUGUUAUCAUCUUUAGCAUAUCGUGUUAAUCCUCAGUGAUUUUGAAUAAUAGUUCAAAAGAGCUGUUCGAAAUGUGGAAACAAGUGUUGAAACUAAAGUUUAACAAAAACUGAAAUGCUACAAAUUCCAAGCUUGUUAUUAAAGCUAUAAAUCCCGUUUUCUUUCAACUCUUGAAUCAACAAAUUGAAAAUCUAAAUUAUAUAUAAUAUAGAUUUCUGAGAACUU